AUGGGUACGGAAUCAGUUUGGUGUGCUUUUUUUGUCAGUCUAUUAUUAUUUGCUAUUACGGAAUGUGUAACACCAUUCUUGAAUAAUUACUUGGAUGCAUCAGCUCGGAAUUCCUUGAAUGCAGUCUUUCUCAGUGCCAUUGAAAGUGAUCAAUUGUCUGCUAUACAUCAUGGCUUGGCGGGUUUAGAAUUAGCAGGGAUUCCGAUUGAUGCCAACAAAAACCAGGUUCUUUGCGGUAGAGUUAAAAAAGUAAAUAACAAAGAACUUGUGCAGUUAUAUCAUGCGCUGAGUGCUGCAAAUGUUCUGAAAGAUUGUGCACUUUCCGUACCAAAUGCUAGAGAAACUGUAGAAGCUGUUCUAAAGCAGGAUCCUAUAAUUUCUCAAAACUUAUAUUUUGCUCUUGCUGUGGCUAGCUAUUUAAAGCUCAAAGUAGAUUACGACAGCUUUUCUAAAGCUUUAACUUCUGCAUUAGCGAAAGAUGAUGGAGUAAUGAGUCUUGCUUAUGGUUUGAAUGCAGCAACUUUUUUGGAUAUCAAAACUGCGGAAAAAUUUUCAGUACGUAUAGAAGAUCUGAUUGGUCAAGCAGAUGAAGUGGAUGGCAGGUUUCUGGUUCUAGAAGGUGGUUUAUCAAUCACAGCUUUUGGUGUUCACGGAAUUUACAGCUUGGCCGAUAAGCUCAAUAAAUCACCAAAUGUUAAAAGUGAUGAAGCAGUAAAAUUGGCAAAUUAUUUACUUAGUCGUCGAAAUGUACAGUCAUAUCGUGAUGCUCAUCUUCUAUUAUUGACACUGAAAAAAUUUGCCAGCAAUAGCUUUCAAAUUCCUGUUGUUUUCUCAUUAGCGUCUGAAAUGUCGAUUGAUACCAGCAAGCCUUUGGUUAUUCGUGUCUCAAAUGUGUUGGGGGAAUCAGUUGGACCGCUAUCAGUAACAUUGGAUACGGCAACGCAUACUGCUUCUAAAGAAGUUGUAGCAUCUCGGAAAGCACUAAAGCAGCUUGCGUCUGAUAAGACGAGUACUUUGUAUGAAAUGUCUAUUGAGAAUGCUAAACAACGCGGCUUUUACAAAAUAGUAUUUACUGCUGGAAGCCAGGAUAAGCGUGUGGUUGGGACAAAUGGCGCAUCUUUGAUGGUAAAGGUAAUGACGAAAGUACGUAUCGAAAAUGUUACCUUAGCAGUCUUUGAUCGAGAACUUGUAAAGCCGUCCUCUCCCAUUUCAGUCAAAGAAGGUUCAAAGUUAGGAAAAAUUCUAGAAGCAGACGUGCAUAGUAAAAUGGAGAUAAGGUUUAAAAUAACAGAAGCAAGGACUGGCGAGACGAUUGUAGUCCAUCAAACAUUUGUUGCAUUCGUCCACCAAGUCACUCAUCAAGAAAUUAUUUUUGUUGCGACACCAGAUGCUAAUCGUGGCUAUGUAUUUGACGUAGAUUUCGAAAAAGUUGCAAAGGAUUUUGAAGGCUUAUCAGGUCGCUAUACAGUACGAUUGAUAGUGGGAGAUGCGGCGAUAUCCUAUGCGUUUGAUUGGAAUUUGGUGGAUGUUAAUCUCAGACUUCCAUCAUUACCAUCUCAGAAAAUUAAAAAAUCAGAACGCGUUGUUUACGAAAAGUUGCCAGAAAUCAAGCAUACAUUUCGAGAGCCGGAGAAACGACCACCACAGACUGUUUCAAAUACUUUUGUUUUCCUUUGUGCAUUUCCACUACUUAUCGUUCUCAUUCUGUGGUUACGCAUUGGAAUCAAUUUCGGGAAUUUACCGGCAUCGCCUUUUGUUUUGGUUUUUCAUGGAGGCUUAAUAGGAAUAUUUGGAUUAUAUUUUGUUUUUUGGAUACGAUUAACAAUGUUUGAAACUUUAAAAUAUUUAUCAUUGGUAGGGGCUGUAACAUUCUUUUCUGGAAAUCGUUUGUUGCGAAUACUUGCUGCUAAGCGAAAGUAA